AUGGCUCAUUUGAAAGCACUUCCUUCGAAUCCAUGCGCCACCACUACUACUGCACCAGAACACAUUCUGUUUAAUCAGUUCGAAAAGGCAAACUCAUGUUCAUUCAAAGAGUUGAAACCAAUAACUAAUGUUAGUGCUUAUAGACUUCAAGUUGUAAAUGCUGCAUCGCAUAUUGAUACAACUGUGGAAGUUUCUGAAGCCAAGAGAGGUAGCGGUCUGCGUGGAAAAUUGAACCAGGUUGUGCUGGCUUAUAGUGGUGGCUUAGACACAUCAGUCAUUGUUCCAUGGUUGAGAGAGAAUUAUGGUUGUGAUGUUGCUUGCUUCACUGCUGAUGUUGGCCAAAUUGUAAAAAUUCGGCUGAGAGAGUUUGGCUUACUCAAGUCAGGACUUCCUAUUUCACUCAAUGGGAAGACGCUUUCGCCAGCAUCUUUACUCACUGAGCUCAAUGAGAUAGGUGGGCGACAUGGAAUUGGUCGCAUAGACAUGGUUGAGAAUCGGCUUGUAGGCAUGAAGAGCCGCGGAGUCUAUGAAAUUCCUGGUGGUACUAUCCUUUUCGCUGCAGCACGGGAGAUGGAGUUUUUGACACUUGACCGAGAAACAAUACAGGUCAAAGAUUCAUUAGCCCUUAAAUAUGCAGAGUUGAUCUACGCUGGAAGAUGGUUUGAUCCACUUCGCGAGUCCAUGGACGCAUUUAUGCAGAAGAUUACAGAGACCACAACAGGUUCUGUGACUUUGAAAUUGUACAAAGGUUCUGUUACUGUAACAGGUAGGAAGAGUCCCUUCAGCCUGUAUAGAAAAGAUAUCUUGUCGUUUGAGAGUAGUGAGAUAUAUGAUCAAGCUGAUGCUGCUGGUUUUAUCAGGCUUUAUGGUCUUCCGAUGAGAGUCUGGGCAAUGCUUGAGCAGGACGUUUAA